AUGACCAUGGUGUUUAUUCCACUCCACACUACCCUGAAAUGUCUCUUUGUCUUUUCUUUCCUGAUAGUGUCUGUAGACUCUGUAUGUUACACGCGUCGAUGUCUGGCAAAUGAACUCGUUAAUGAAGAUCUCCUCAGUGCUCCACAGCCUCCAGAAUGUGUCAUCAAUGUUAAUCUCACAUCCAUCCAGUGUGAGACCAUCUCUUUAGUUACAAAAACAUUAAAAUUUACAAGUCGCAUCAAAAUCAUCAUGGAAUGGAACGACCCCCGUCUUGCAUGGGAUGUUUCACAAUAUGCUUUUAAUGAAAUUCUCUUGCCAUUCGACAAAAUCUGGACUCCCAAUCUGAGCGUUGGCAAUGCUGUUAGCUUGACAAUGAAGCCCAUAUCUAAGGACAUACUCGUGAGAAGCAAUGGUACUGUGAAGAAUGCCAUUGUUAUGUACAUAACGACGGAGUGUAAACUUAACCUCUUCACCUAUCCGUUUGUAGAAGAUUCCUGCCCUGUGGCAAUCAGUGGAUGGAACCAAAGCUCUUGUGGAGUGAAUCUCUCCUUUGGGUCACUAUCAUCACUGGGAAAGGGUCAAGGGGAAUGGCAGACCCUGUCAGUGGAACUCCAAGGGGAAAGCAGUAAAUACGUUAAUUUCUAUCUGGCCCACAGUGCUUUUAACGCAUUGGUAUCAUUGGUACUACCCACUGGGCUCAUCAUGGUGGUCGACCUGGUGAGUUUUGCUCUCCCACUGGCUGGUGAACGCAACCCUUUUAAGAUCAAAUUGGUCUUCAGCUUCACAAUGUUUCUCCUCAUAUUAUCCAAACAACUGCCUGAAGGUGGCCCCUGCAGCCCUCUGAUCUAUUAUCACUUCUGCUUCUGUCUGCUCGUACUGGUGAUUAGUCUGCUGAUCUCUAUGACCUUGUCUCGACUGGCUGAAAAUGGAAGCAUCUUGCCUGGCAAGUCAGGAAGGCCACGUAAACCAGACAGCUCCGAGAAUCAGGAGCACACAAUUCCUCAACACGGUAAAGUUGAAUUCAAGAGCAGCAUAUCAAGCGCUGGAGAGAAGACAUCCAUCCAGAAGAUUUCCAGUUUUGUGAGCAAUAUGGAUGACCAGUCAGCGGAUAGAAAGGGGAAACAGGAUUACGCAGCAUUCUGGGAUAAAAUCUGCUUCUGGACGUACUUGAGUCUAGACAUCAUUUACAUGAUCUGUGUCAUUGUUUUCUUUAAAACUCAGCACUGCACGUUUGACAAGCUGGAUUUUUAA